AUGUCUUACACUGAUUCUCGUGGAUUCACAAACACACAAAGAAGUACCAUCAUACAUCGGGAAUCUUCCCCCAGGGAUUCAGAAUACUCGUACGAAACUCGUUCAUCCGAUUAUUAUACUGGAUCACAAGAAAAUAUGUCAGCACGUGUAUCAAGCAAUGGACGUAGUUUUGGAGGAAGUGGUGGAGAACAAAAUGUGAAAUAUAGGGAUGCCGCUGCAGAUAAGAAAUAUAUUGAAGGAAAAACAUCAAGAAGCGGAAAUGUUCAUGUCAUCGCCCACGGAGAUAGUCACAAACACUACGAUCCAGCGGAGCCAAGAGCAAGUGAAGGAAAAGAAAGCGAUUAUAAAAAGACUUCAGCACGCUACGAAAGAGAGAAAUCGCGCCCAUUGAAUCAUCAUCGCUAA